AUGUGGGAUCAAUCUGCUAAGUGCUUAAGUGUCCGAGAUGAUGUUGAACUAUGGCACAAACGAUUGGGUCACAUGAAUGUUCGACAUCUCACCGACUUGGUGAAUAAGGAGAUUGUCCGUGGUGUUCCGAAGCUGAAGGGAACUGAGAAACUUGUAUGUGGUCCUUGCAAUCAAGGAAAGCAAAUCAAGGUUCAGCACAAGAAGUGGAUGAUUACUCGCGAUACACUUGGGUCCGCUUCAUUCGUGACAAAUCUGACACCAUGGAGUUUCAAGAUUUGGGCUCUUCAAGUUAUCACUGAGAAAGGAAGCCUCAAGCGCAUACGCAGUGAUCAUGGGGGAGAAUUUCAGAAUGAGGUCAUGACUAAGUUCUGCAAUGACCAAGGCAUAGCUCACCAAUUUUCGGCACCUAGAACACCACAGAUGAAUGGAGUAGUGGAGCGAAAGAACAGAACACUUCAAGAGAUGGCGCGUGCAAUGAUCCAUGGAGGAAACAUUCCUGUGAAGUGCUUCAUUCUGAAUGACAAGGAUCAACUUGGAAAGUUCGACUCAAGGAGUGAUGAAGGCAUAUUUCUGGGUUAUUCAGGCAAUAGCUCAGCCUACAGAGUCUUCAAUCUUCGGUCCAAGAUGAUUAUGGAAAGUCAGCGAAGCAGAAAAGAAGCAGAGGAGGUUCGUGAAGAAGAAGAAAAGGUUCAUGAGGAAGUCUCUGACACAGCUCCUGAUGUAGGUCUCCCACUGACACAAGUUCACAGAAACCAUUCCUCGAACGAUCUGAUUGGAGACAUCACUGAGCCACGAAGGACGAGAGGAAUCAAGAUGAACUAUAAGCAGAUGGUCAGCAUGGCAAUUAUCCAAUUUGAGUGCUUUGUCUCUGCCAUAGAACCACGAAAUCAUCGUGAAGCACUGGAAGAUGCAGAUUGGAUCAUCUCCAUGGAAGAGGAACUAGAGGAGUUCGUGAGAAACGAUGUAUGGGAGUUAGUGCCACUACCUGAUGGUGUGAACGUGGUGGUACAAAGUGGAUCUUCAAGAACAAGACAGAUGAUGCUGGAAGUAUUGUACGAAACAAGUCAAGACUUUGCGCAAGGUUACUCACAAGUUGAAGGAGUCGACUUUGAUGAAACCUUUGCCCCUGUAGCUCGUCUUGAGUCUAUCAGACUGUUUCUAGGGAUGGCAUGCAUAUUGAACUUCAAGGUGUAUCAGAUGGAUGUGAAGAGUGCCUUCUUGAAUGGCAUUCUACAAGAGGAAGUAUAUGUAGCUCAACCAAAGGGGUUUGAAGAUCCUACACAUCCUGAGUAUGUGUAUAAGCUCAAGAAAGCUCUCUAUGGACUGAAACAGGCUCCAAGAGCUUGGUAUGAGCACCUGACGAAGUUUCUGAUUGACACAGGCUACGUCAGAGGAACUGUGGACAAGACCUUGUUCACACUUGAAGAAGAAUGA